UUGCCUGCUACAUACUAAUCCGGCAGCCGGAGUAGAGAUUCGCCGAUUUCCUUAUCCGGAAGAUCGCCAUGCGGACCUGCUAUCAUCACUACACCACACUUGACUCUUGCAAUUUCCAUUCCUAAAAUAUCACAGCUACGUCUCUGAUGAAGCUUCAGAAAUGGCUGCUGACCCGCUAUAACCCCCGGGUUGCGUCUGCGCGCGCUUUACCGGUUUUGAACCACCAGCGCUUCACCUCCUCCGCAACACCCUCUACCAAUCGGCAUCGUCCUCUCGAACCUCUCCAGGAUGGUAAUAUAGAUUAUUUCCGCGAAAAAUGCUUUGUCCCAGAACGACCUACAAUCCUCCCGCGCCAAUUCUUUCGCGAUAUCCCCGCCGUCGAGCGCUGGUUUCGCCCGGGAACUACGCAAAAUGACACCCCACGGUUACGAUUGAACAUAGAAUACCUAGAGCAGCACGGCCCCAAUGCAUUCGUCCCCCUAGAACUUACCCAGCCCUCGACCUCCGAAUCGACGAAUUCAGAACUCAGCUUCCGUCAAUUCCACGCCCCGCUAAGCCUCUUCCUACAGUGGAUGCAAACCGCUGAAACGAACCCGCAACAAUCAACCCGGCUCUAUCUAGCACAGUGCCAACUUUCCGACCUUCCCCAGAUUCUACGCGAUGACUUCCCCGUUCCGAAUAUCGUGACACGCGCAGGAAGAGGCGAUGUCUACGAUGCGAAUGUCUGGAUCGGGCACCCACCAACAUACACCCCGCUACACCGCGACCCGAACCCAAACCUGUUUGUGCAGAUGGCAGGGGGAAAAGUGGUAAGAUUGGUGAGCCCAGAUGAUGGGCUGGGUUUGUUUGCGACCGUGCGACGACAGUUGGGGAGGAGUGGGAAUCGUGAAGCUGCGGCGAUUCGGGGAGAGGAGAUGAUGCAGGGUCCAGAGAGGGCGUUGCUAGAAAAGGUGGUUUGGGGUGAUGCCGACACACAGGAUUCGGAUAAAGAAUGGUAUGAGGUUUGUCUUGGGCCGGGGGAUGGUUUGUUUAUCCCUAAAGGCUGGUGGCAUAGUAUUAAAGGUGUUGGAGAGGGAGUAACUGCCUCGGUCAAUUGGUGGUUUCGGUAAAGCAUUUGAAUGCUCUUUACAGUAUGAAUAUACCAAUUCAAUCCUUCGUAGUAAAGUAGCACUCUCUGAAUUAUUGUUGUACUUGUAGCUUCUA